UCUCUCUUCCCCCGCAGCAUCCUCCGUUACCGAAGUCCCGAUUCCCCCAUACGGUCCCCCUCCCCUCCUGGUUCUCCAAGCCUCGAGCAUCGCCCUCUUGCGCGGAGAGGGGUCGAUCCGCCCGGCGAUCUGGGCUCUCCGGCCAGCGUCCUUGCUAGGGAGGUCUCCCCGCGAGGGUGGAGAUGCUGUCGCUGCAGCAGCACGGGGCCGGGGACGCCGACGCGCGCAACCACGCGCCGCAGCCGGUUGUGCUCGGCGGCGGCGGUGGGGGCGUGGACUGGCUAGGGUUUGUGGGCCACGCCGACCUGGAGGAGCCCUCGAAUGCCUCGUUCCUGCUGCCGCCCGCGCCGCUCGACGACAGGGCAGCCCAGCCCGAGACCAAGCCCAAGCCCGGCCAGCUCGGAGGAGCUGUUGAUGAAGAACGUCACUUGGCACUUGCUCAUCAGAACUACAGGUCAGGGAAGUACAGAGAGGCAUUAGAGCAUGGUAAUGUGGUUUACGUGAAGAACCCACAUCGAACUGAUAACUUGCUCCUUCUUGGAGCUAUCUACUAUCAGGUUCGUAAUUAUGACAUGUGCAUUGCAAAGAAUGAGGAGGCUCUUGCCAUUGAUCCACACUUUGCUGAGUGCUAUGGCAACAUGGCAAAUGCUUGGAAGGAGAAAGGUGAUAUUGAUCUUGCAAUUCGUUACUAUCUUACUGCCAUUCAGCUGCGGCCAAAUUUCUGUGAUGCGUGGUCAAAUCUUGCUAGUGCGUAUACACGGAAUGGGAGAUUGAAUGAGGCAGCUCAAUGCUGCAAACAAGCACUUGCCAUAAAUCCUAGAUUGGUUGAUGCACACAGCAAUCUUGGAAAUCUGAUGAAAGCCCAAGGUUUCGUCCAAGAGGCGUACAGUUGCUACAUCGAAGCAUUGCGUAUAGAUCCUCACUUUGCAAUUGCGUGGUCAAACCUUGCUGGCCUAUUCAUGGAGGCAGGAGACCUUGACAAAGCUUUAAUGUACUAUAAGGAAGCUGUUAAACUUAAGCCAUCUUUCGCUGAUGCAUAUCUUAAUCAAGGGAAUGUGUAUAAGGCUAUGGGAAUACCUCAAGAUGCCAUUAUGUGUUAUCAGCGUGCAUUGCAAGCACGUCCUAACUAUGCAAUGGCUUAUGGUAAUCUUGCUACUAUUUACUAUGAGCAAGGCCAGCUUGAUAUGGCAAUUCGUUGUUACAAUCAAGCUAUAGUCUGCGACCCACAAUUCGUUGAAGCAUACAAUAACAUGGGCAAUGCACUUAAAGAUGCUGGAAGAGUAGAAGAAGCAAUUAACUGCUACAGAUCGUGCCUUGCACUGCAAGCAAACCACCCACAAGCUCUUACUAACUUAGGAAACAUAUACAUGGAGUGGAACUUGAUUAGUGCUGCUGCUUCAUUUUAUAAAGCAGCUAUAUCUUUGUCAUCUGGAUUAUCUUCCCCACUUAACAAUUUGGCUGUGAUAUACAAGCAACAGGGAAACUAUGCUGAUGCAAUCACAUGUUAUGCGGAAGUACUUCGUAUAGAUCCUACGGCAGUUGAUGCACUAGUUAAUAGAGGGAAUACGUUCAAGGAGAUUGGUAGAGUUAACGAAGCAAUUCAGGAUUACAUUCAGGCUGCCACAAUCAGGCCAACCAUGGCGGAAGCCCAUGCCAACUUAGCCUCAGCCUACAAAGACAGUGGACACGUGGAAACAGCUAUAGUUAGCUACAAACAAGCUCUCCAUCUGCGUCUUGAUUUUCCGGAAGCAACAUGCAAUCUUCUGCAUACUUUACAGUGUGUCUGUGACUGGGAAAACAGAGAUGCCAUGUUUCGUGAUGUCGAAGAGAUUAUUAGAAGACAAAUAAAGAUGUCAGUACUUCCAAGUGUGCAACCUUUCCAUGCCAUUGCCUAUCCUAUUGAUCCGAUGCUUGCAUUGGAAAUAAGCCGUAAAUAUGCUGCUCAUUGUUCCUUGAUUGCUUACCGUUUUGGACUGCCACCUUUUGUGCAUCCACCCCCUGUUCCUGUAAAAGCGGAGGGUAAACACUGCCGACUCAGGGUGGGAUAUGUCAGUAGUGAUUUUGGCAAUCAUCCCCUCUCCCAUCUCAUGGGAUCAGUAUUUGGAAUGCAUGAUCGCGACAAUAUUGAGGUCUUCUGCUAUGCGCUGAGUCAAAAUGAUGGUACUGAAUGGAGACAGCGUAUUCAGUCUGAGGCCGAGCAUUUCGUUGAUGUGUCUGCCAUGACCUCUGAUAUGAUUGCCAGACUUAUCAAUCAAGACAAAAUACAGAUAUUGAUAAAUCUUAAUGGCUACACAAAGGGUGCCAGAAAUGAAAUUUUUGCAUUGCAGCCAGCACCUAUUCAGGUUUCCUACAUGGGGUUCCCUGGCACAACAGGUGCUACAUACAUAGACUACCUGGUUACAGAUGAGUUUGUUUCUCCGACUUGCUAUGCAAAUAUAUAUUCUGAAAAGCUUGUCCAUUUGCCUCAUUGUUAUUUUGUCAACGACUACAAACAGAAAAAUGGAGAUUGUCUUAAUUCUGUAUGCCCACAUAAAAGAUCUGAUUACGGGUUACCUGAGAAUAAGUUCAUUUUUGCAUGCUUCAAUCAACUUUACAAGAUGGAUCCAGAAAUAUUUGAUACAUGGUGCAAUAUUCUCAAACGUGUUCCCAACAGCGCAUUAUGGCUCUUAAGAUUCCCAGCAGCUGGUGAAGCCAGAGUAAGAGCACAUGCUGCUGCCAGAGGAGUCAGACCAGACCAAAUCAUAUUCACAGAUGUUGCCAUGAAAAAUGAGCAUAUACGACGCAGUACAUUGGCAGACCUUUUCCUUGACACACCCCUCUGCAAUGCGCACACAACUGGCACUGACAUAUUGUGGGCUGGCUUGCCAAUGAUCACCCUUCCACUAGAGAAAAUGGCAACAAGAGUAGCUGGUUCCCUCUGCCUAGCUACCGGGCUAGGAGAAGAGAUGAUUGUUAGCAGCAUGAAAGAGUAUGAAGAUAGAGCUGUAGACCUUGCACAAAAUCAGGCGAAGCUUCAAGCAUUGACUAAUAAGCUUAAGGAAGUUCGCAUGACUUGCCCUUUAUUUGAUACAGCUCGUUGGGUGUGCAAUCUUGAAAGGUCUUACUACAAGAUGUGGAAUCUAUACUGUUCCGGUCGCCACCCUGAGCCGUUCAAGGUGAAAGAAGAUGACACUGAGUUCCCGUUUGACAGCUAAUGAGAUUACAUCACCGGAUCUGUAAAUAAGGUAGAGUUGUAGCAUACUAGAAUGUGACCGCUUCAGGUGCUUGUUUGGCACUGCCUGUAUUGCUGUGCACAUCACCUCUGUGGAAGCUAACCACCAAAAGAUUGUAGGGGUAGUCUGUAUUGUUAUCACUAUUAGCAAAAUCUAUUUGUUAGAUCCGAAGCAUUACUGGUCCCAGGCUGUAUCGUGUAUUGGUUUGAGUCACUGUGUCGCAGUUUUUUAAGUAAACAAUCUUAUUAUAAAGCAAGUCAUCGCCAAUUUUCGUUUA